GUUUCAGCGCGUGGCAUAUACUCUUUACCAUUCACAAUACCGAACGCAGUCGGUGGCUCCGACCCCCCCCCCCCCUCUCUCUCGCGGAGAGAUUUCUUUCGUCGUUUCGUCGUUGCCUUUAGAUCCGUCUCCUCUCUGUGAGAAAGAUUGCAAGGAAGGUGUCGAGUUGCCAGAAGGAUUCAUAAAUUUAAUAUGCGUAGAAUGGAUAAUCGAGGUGACUUUCUUCAAUUGCUUGGACCUGAUGUGUCAACAGCGAUUCUCAACCAUUUGGAUGACCCAUCUGACCUUGUCCGCGCUUGCUCUGUUUCAAGAUCUUGGCACCGAUUUGUGAUUGAAAAUGGCAUUUGUAAGCAGCUCUUCUUGAAAAUGUUUCCUGAGAUAUAUAAUGAAGCCCAUAUUAUUGAAUUGAACAACAACAUGAUAGGACCUACAAAACUCAACGGUGAUAAUUCUUCAGAAUGGGAACGCCUUAAGAGGGAUCACAGAGUAUAUGCCUUCUUAGCCCGAGGUCUGAGCCCUUCCAUACGAACAGAUUGCUUAUCAGAGCCCAUCAGUGCAUCCAGCACUGAUAAUUACCCUGACGAAAGCAUACGGAAUACUUUGGAACCAGGGGAUAGAGUUGAGAACAGGGCUUCAUACUGGUCGAGUGAAGGGGAAAAUGAUCCUAAUGUUCCCGAGACAUUAACCUAUACGUUGGUUGCCAAUUUGUGUGUUGUUACUGAAAUCCGUGUGCAACCGUUCCAAGAAAAUUCUGUUUACAUAUCAGCAUUUUUUCAGUAUGGCUUCCCUAUAUAUUCAUCUAAAGCUGUUCGAUUUAGAAUGGGCUAUCCCAGACGUCCAUUGGAAUUUAACAAUGACAAGUUAGCUUCGCACGAAUGGGGGGAUGAGAUUAUUUGGACAUACACAUCACCAGAAUUUCCGAUGGCUCAGGAGAACUUCUUGCAAGCGUUCAAGUUACCAGAGCCUGUUCUUUGCAUUGGAGGGAUUCUGCAGGUUGAGCUAUUGGGCCGGGUUCAGAGACAGGAAAUGGACGAGUUAUACUACAUAUGCGUCUCCCAUGUUCAAGUUCUGGGACGACCACUCUUACAACCGUUUGAUAUCGAAGUACUUGAUCCCUCAGGAUUGUGUGCCUUAAAUUACAACCUGAAGACACAGUGUUACGAGUCUUCAACACAAUCACAUGAGACAGAGGCAGCCGCUCACGUGCGCAGAUUUACUGAUAUAUUGAUGCAGCUGCUCGGGAAUGGGGCUGUCGUCGCCGACCAUGAAUCAGAUGAAGAGCCGCCAGCCUAAUGUAUAACAACUACUUACUUUCCUUUUGUUGUUUUGUCUUUUAAAUAAAUCCGGCAAGAGUCUGGAGAUAGGAUAUUACUGGGUAGUACCGAGAUGGUUAUCACUGAUUUUCAAUGUUAUUAAUGUACUUCCUGAGUUCAA